AUGAAGACUCCAUCCACCCUCUCCCGUGCUGCCCUCCUUUCCUCCAUCUUCCAAGCCUCCAACGCUCUGGUCGGCCUCUCAUGGAGUGUCUCCGACGUCCCCAGCACUGGAUUGACGGACAUUACUUUCCCAAUUUCAAUGCCUAAUGCCAAACACGAUUCUGGAUACUACUACGCCCAGCAAUUCAGCUUCAACGGCCAAAGCGACGUCGGAUAUACAGGCCUCCAGCCACGCCCGGAUUCGAACGGCAAGUCCAUCGUUCACGGCGUCUUCUCCAGCUUCGUCAGCGGAACUACCACGAGCGAUAGUAACUGCACCCCUGGAGCUGAUGGCGGUCCCGGUGUGAGUUGUGCCGUCGACGUUGCGGCUACUUAUGACCAUGGAUAUCUGCUCAGGAUCCAGAACACUCAGGGCACAACUUGGACCGGAACUUUGGUGGAUGCUGUUACUGGAACCGAGACUCAUAUUGGCUCUUAUACGCUGCCGUCUGGCUCGGGUGGAAUUACGAACUCGCAAGUUGGAUUUGUUGAAUAUUAUCCUUGGAACUCGGGCAGUCAUGCGUGUGGAGAGCUGCCUCAGACUUCGGUGACUUUUGGUGCCCCGACUACGUCGAGUGGUAACGCUGGAAGUCUGGGGAAGCCUUAUGAAUAUGGUGACUGUGUUGGUCAGGUUGGAUUUUCGACUACGCAGAGCGGUACUGGUUAUGAGAUCAAUGUUGGAUUCUAA